AAAUAAUAUUUGCGUAUGGAACUAAAGAGCCGCAGCUUCACAUCCAAAGAGCCGCAGGUUGCCGACCCCUGGUAUAAAGGGUGGAAGCCCUGUCACUCAGGGGCUAAGUAAUUAAUUAUCAAGAGGUCACAAACAUGUUUUUAUUCAUAAGUGCAGUUAUAUUUAUUUCCAUAAAUUUAAUUACUGCGGCCACAAAUCCAGAUGAAGUUCUUAAUCUGCCUGGUCUCACUUACAAAUUAAAUUUCCAUCAUUAUUCAGGAUACUUAAAUGCUUCUUCUGGAAAAUAUUUACACUAUUGGUUUGUGGAAAGUCAGAAAAACCCUUCAGAAGAUCCAUUGGUUCUCUGGUUGAAUGGUGGACCAGGAUGUAGUUCUUUGGAUGGUUUGUUAAGUGAAAAUGGACCAUUUCAUGUUAACCCAGAUGGAAAAACAUUGUAUGAAAAUGUUUAUAGCUGGAAUAAGAUAGCCAACGUGUUAUACUUAGAAGCUCCUGCAGGUGUUGGAUUUUCUUAUGAUGAUAAUCAGGACUACAGUACUGAUGAUGAUAAAGUUUCAGAAGAUAAUUAUUUGGCUCUGCAGAAUUUUUUCAUUAAAUAUCCUCAAUUUAAGAAAAAUGAUUUUUAUAUAUCAGGUGAAAGUUAUGGUGGAAUUUACAUUCCAACACUUUCCAUGAGAGUAUUUACUGGACCGGCAAAAAUUAAUUUUAAAGGAUUUGCAAUUGGAAAUGGUUAUUUGGAUGUGUCAUUUUUAGGAAACUCCUUGAUAUUCUUUGGUUAUUAUCAUGGUCUUUUUGGUAAAAACUUAUGGAAUGAUUUAACAUCAAAUUGUUGCAAUGGUGGUGCAUCACAGAAAAAUUGUAACUUUGUAAGUGGAGAAACAGCUGCAUGUAGUGGAGCAGUGGCAAAAGCAACAUUUAUAAUUCAGGGUCAAGGACUGAAUGUAUAUAAUUUAUAUUCUGACUGUCAACACUCCUCGUAUAAGCCAUCGAGGGAUCAAAUAGACCGUAAAUUAUUAUUUAGUACUUUUAUGGGAAAUAAGAAUGUAAUUUUACAUGAUGAUCCACCUUGUGUUGACAGUUCAAAUCUCAGAAAAUGGCUUAAUCAACAGUCUGUACGUGAAGCAUUGCAUAUUCCUUCUAAUGUCCAAAGAUGGGAUAUCUGCAGUUUAGAUGUUGAAAUAGGAUAUCAAAGAUUAUAUAACACAAUGAAACCACAAGUAACCAAAUUAAUUAAUUCUGGAAAAUUACGAGGUCUGAUAUACAAUGGUGAUGUCGAUAUGGCUUGUAAUUUCUUAGGUGAUCAGUGGUUUGUUGAUGAUCUUUCAUUCAAGGUGACAUCUGAAUAUAAAUAUUGGGAAUUUAAUGAUCAAAUUGCUGGCUAUUAUAAGAAGUUUGGAAAUUUGACUUACAUGACAAUUAAGGGAUCUGGUCACAUGGUGCCUCAAGAUAAGCCUGGACCUGCCUUUAAGAUGAUAUCAAGUUUUCUGUAUCAGAAACCACUUUAACUGUAUAAAUUUAAUAUAUUAAUUUUUAUAAUAAGUAAUAUUUUAAUGAAUUUAUAACUGUAAUAAUGUAAUAAAUAAAUAAUAUAUAAUUGUCUAAAAAUAUAUUUUAUUUUAUGUAAA